AUGCAAGCGUCUAGGGCCAUCGCACGUAAGCAACACGCGCCCUCGGGCGUCCUCAAGCGGUCGGCCAAGGCAUGCACCCGAUGCCGGAAAAGGCGGACCAAGUGUACUGGGGACCCUCCAUACCCCUGCAAAACUUGCAGAGACGCCGGCCAUACAUGCGUCUACUCUGAGACGGAGAAACGGGUCACUGUCCCGGAGACCUAUCUUAUUGAGCUUCAGACUCAAGCUCGAAGAGCCAUCAAUGCCCGAGACCAUCGCGAUCGCGCUGCGGAUCUGGAAUCGAUAUCCAGUCCGGAUAUCGAGCUGGAAUUUACGAGUACCGAAAACUGGGUUCUAGGAGACUCUGGACAGUACCAUUUCAUUGGCAACUCGUCAUCUACAUAUAUCGCCAACCGGCUGAACCCGACGACCGAGAACUUAGAUUGGCACAUGUAUCCUCAUUACGAGGAUACUGCCUGGCUGCGACGGCCAAUCAAUCCCGAAAUACCACCCCUACCACCAUUUGACCUAGCAAAGCGCUUGUAUCGUGCACAGCAUGCGUACAUUGGCACAAUCUUCUCGUUUCUCAGUGACACGGCCUUCUAUGAACGCCUUGAGCGAGUGUAUGCUCGAAGUCCUGAUCCAAAAAAUAGAGAUGAGUGUUUGAUCUAUUGUCAAAUACUUCUCGUAUUCGCCUUUGGGCAGAUGUACUCAAUCAACCAGUGGGUUGGGCAUGAAGGGCCGCCUGGAUUCCAGUACUUUAAGCAUGCCCUUGCUUUUUUACCAAGUGUGUUUGAGGACGGCUCCAUUUUGUUCAUUGAGGUGUUGAGCUACGUUGCGUACUUCAUGCAGACAAUUAACCGAAGGGAUGCGGCCUACGUGUACAUCGGCAUUGCCCUGAGAAUGGCCAUUUCUCUCGGGCUACACCAGGAAGUUCUCGAUCAAGAGAUCGACAGCGAAACUCGCGAGCACCGACGGAGGAUUUGGUGGUCUACCUACAGCAUGGAAAGACUACUUUGCGUUACAUCUGGACAUCCGAUAACGAUCCAGGACGAGGACAUUGACCUUCUCCCUCCCUCUCCCAUACCGGGUGAGGAUGGUCGCACGGCUUCGGUCCUCGCCAAUUACACGGAGCUAUCCAGAAUACAUGGGAUAAUCGGGGAGAAGAUAUAUCGCAAGAGACAGAAGUCCGGUCCUGAGAUAUCCGCCUGCACUCAACACAUUAUGAAGAGGCUAAGUGACUGGUUUGAGCGGCUACCAGAGGCCAUGCGGCUGAAUCUUUCAGAGAUGAACCAGGCGCCACACCGGGAGGUCGUUUCGACGUACUUGCACUAUUAUCAUUGUAUCAACAUGACCGCUCGGCCAAUUCUGUUGUACGCUGUUCAGCGACAGUUGGCAGCAAGUGCCCAACGUCCCAAUGCGACUCGAUGGGAAGACGGAUUCUCAACAGAGAUGGUUCAUGUCAUUGACACAGCCAUAUCUGCAGCAAGAUCUACCGCCUUAAUACUCAACACCGCAGCCAAGCAUAAUAUCGUUGCAACGUAUGGGUUCAUCGAUGGAGAGCAAGCCUUCUCCGCGGCGCUGCUUCUUGUAAUGGUCAACAUCGCCUUCCCAUACAAAGAAACGAAUGCCUCUGCAAUGGAUAUGGCUCUCAAUGUUCUGCAGACGAUGGCAGAGAAGGGGAAUAGGUACAUUCGAGCGUGUCAUUCGCUUCUCACCAAGAUCAAGUGUUCCAUCAAGACAAAGGAUUCAAAUCUUGCGAACAAGGAUGAGCAGGCGCGGUUAAGGGAUCAAGUACAGAGCAACAAUGUGUCUACAGAAGGUACCAUUGUUGCAGGGCUUCCCAACGACCAGGCCCAAUCAUUUAAUUUGGAUUUUGAAGGGGAUCCUGGGCUAUGGGCAGAAGUUCUGGACUCCAUUGACAUCGAUAUGGAUAGACAAUGGGUCGAGUCGACUUUGUUACGGGGACAGCCGGAGACUGCGAAUCAGUUGUAA